AUGGCCGAAGCGAUUCCAUCCAUCUUCUCCAUUCCCCUACAUUUCACACGGCCGCCUUCGGUACAGGAUGAGCUUACAACGCAGACAUCAGCUGCUCAACAGGAUACGAUUGCGGAGUGUCUACCAUUCUUGACCAGUGCAGAGGAUGCCUCCAAGAGUCCAUUCGAUUUCAAUGACCACGGCGUCCCCCGGUUGGACCGACAGGGUCACAUUGAUUUCCUUCACGGGUCCCUUCGAGAAUUUCCAGCGGGCUUCGUAGCUGUUGAUGCUAGUAGACCCUGGAUGGUUUACUGGGCAUUGAUGGGACUAUAUCUACUUGGGGAGGAUGUCACAUAUUAUCGCGAAAGGGUUAUUACAACCUUUGCCCCCAUGCAGAAUGCUUCGGGAGGCUUCGGUGGAGGCCAUGGUCAAUAUUCGCAUCUCGCUGGGACAUAUGCUGUUGUUCUGAGCUUGGCGCUUGUGGGGGGCGAAAGAGCGUAUUCUUUGAUCGAUCGUGAGAAUAUGUGGAAAUGGUUGGGCCGAUUGAAAAAGGCCAAUGGGGGCUUUGAAGUAUGUGAAGGCGGAGAGGUCGAUGUACGUGGCGCGUACUGCGCGAUGGUCAUUAUCGUGCUACUUAACCUUCCUUUCGAGCUCCCGUCGCCCAUCCACACAAAUGUGGGUACUCUUAGUACCUUCCAACAAGGUCUCGAAGACUAUCUGGCGAAAUGCCAGACACUUGAAGGCGGUAUUUCCGGCGCCCCUGGUAAUGAAGCACAUGGAGCCUAUGCAUUUUGUGCCAUCGCUUGUCUGUGCCUGAUGAAUGAGCCGCAUAUAGGCUUGCGAUCUCUGGAUUUGCCGUCCCUGCUUUCGUGGCUUUCCUCGAGACAAUACGCUCCUGAGGGAGGAUUUGCAGGAAGGACGAACAAGUUGGUGGAUGGCUGUUAUAGUCAUUGGGUUGGGGGAUGCUGGCCAUUGAUUGAGGGGUUUCUGUACGGACCAAGGACAGCACUGAAUAGCCCUACGGAUCGUGUGCUCAGAAGCUUGUACAGCAAGGAGGGUCUGACCAGAUAUAUCCUCUCUUGCUGUCAAGCACAAACCGGUGGUCUGAGAGACAAGCCAUCGAAGAGAGCUGAUUCAUAUCACACAUGCUACACGCUUGCGGGGCUGAGCUCGGUACAGCAUGUUCACUUUCAUGUGCAUCAAGAUGCUUCAAUUUCUAGUUCAACGCAUCCAUUCCGGUGGAGAUCUCUGCCAUUAUGUGAUCUGGUCAGCAGUUCCGCCGCUGGUCUCUGCGACCGCCGUCACUGGCCAAGCCCACAGUACGGCACAUACAGCUCGUCCGCUGGGUAUGGAUGUGUUGUCACUGUGAAUCAUCGCGAAUACCAGACAGAUGCGUACUAUCCCACAGAGGACCUAGCCAAGGAGAAUGCCGCCAUGAGAGCGUAUCUCAUCUGCCGGAACUUCUCUGUGAACGAUGGAAUGUACCCUGUCGGCCAUGAUCACGGAGGUUUUGUGCAAGGCAUCCCCACCGCAAUCGGCACAGGUCGUCACAGCCACCGUCACAACGGGAGUGAUACCUCAUCUAGCCCAGGGAGCAGCCCUGGCCGUCAGGGCAAUCUCAGAAGCAGCGGCUACGGUAGCUCGUCAAGCAGCUACGGGAGUCAUAGUUAUUACGGAUCCUCAUCUUCGAGUUACGGUAGCAGCAGCCGUUACCGAUCUAUAUACCCCGCCAGCAGCCGUCGUUCCUGA